CGCUCGUGGCCCACAGUGCAUUGCGGUAGCGUCGGUUGGAAACAGGGCUAUCGAAGCUGCUGUAGCGCUGCGGCUAACAGCGGAGAGCAGCGGCGGAUCAGAAGCUUAUAGUUUUAUACCAUAAACACCAAACCUCGGAUCACUAUUCCCCCCCUAAACCAGCUGAGUUCAGCACUGCUCGCCGAGCCGUGGAGGAGCUGUGAGCCAUAUCCGUCUUGACCUUUUCCUCUCUGACCGAAAAUCUUCAUGGAUCAGGACUAUGAACGCCGACUACUGCGGCAGAUAAACGUCCAGAAUGACAACGCCAGCCCAGUCAAAGUCACAGAUGUGAUCCGACACCUGACGCCCACCAAAUCGCCGAUGUCCUCUCCCAGCAAGCAUGGGGACCGAUUCAUACCAUCUCGAGCAGGAGCCAACUGGAGUAUUAACUUCCAUAGGAUUAAUGAAAACGAGAAGUCCCCAAGCCAGAAUAAGAAAACAAAGGAUGCAACAUCAGACACUGGCAAAGUGGACGGUUUGGCGUACUCUGCGCUGCUGAAAAACGAGCUGCUUGGAGCCGGCAUUGAGAAAGUUCAAGACCCUCAGACUGAAGACAGGAGGCUCCAGCCCUCUACACCAGAGAAAAGGAGUCUGUUUAGUUAUUCCCUCAGCACCAAGAGAACCAUGCCUGACGAUGGCAACAACGUUUCUCCCUACUCAUUAUCCCCCGUUAGCAGCAAAAGUCAAAAGUUGCUCCGCUCACCAAGGAAGCCCACACGCAAAAUCUCCAAGAUCCCGUUUAAAGUGCUGGAUGCUCCAGAACUGCAAGAUGAUUUCUACCUCAACCUGGUUGACUGGUCGUCCUUAAACGUGCUCAGUGUUGGGCUGGGGACCUGUGUCUACCUGUGGAGUGCCUGCACAAGCCAAGUAACCCGUCUGUGUGACCUGUCAGUAGAGGGAGACUCUGUGACGUCGGUUGGCUGGUCAGAAAGGGGGAAUCACGUGGCGGUGGGGACACAUAAAGGAUUUGUACAGAUCUGGGACGCGGCAGCUGGCAAGAAGCUAUUUGCAUUAGAGGGGCACACAGCCAGAGUUGGUGCGUUAGCGUGGAACGCCGACCAGCUGUCCUCAGGUAGCCGGGAUCGUAUGAUCCUGCAGAGGGACAUUCGGACGCCGCCGCUGCAGUCAGAGCGCAGGCUGCAGGGCCACCGACAGGAGGUGUGCGGCCUCAAAUGGAGCACCGACCAUCAGCUGCUCGCCUCCGGAGGAAACGACAACAAGCUCUUGGUGUGGAACCACUCCAGCGUUCAGCCGGUUCAGCAGUACACAGAGCACCUUGCCGCAGUGAAGGCCAUCGCUUGGUCUCCUCACCAGCAUGGCCUGCUGGCGUCCGGCGGGGGCACCGCUGACCGCUGCAUACGCUUCUGGAACACACUCACCGCCCAGCCGCUGCAGUGCAUCGACACUGGAUCACAGGUCUGCAACCUGGCCUGGUCUAAACACACCAACGAGCUGGUCAGCACACAUGGGUACUCUCAGAACCAGAUUCUGGUGUGGAAGUACCCCUCCCUCACUCAGAUAGCCAAACUGACGGGCCACUCCUACAGAGUGCUCUAUCUGGCGAUGUCUCCAGAUGGGGAGGCCAUCGUGACGGGAGCAGGUGAUGAGACGCUGCGUUUCUGGAAUGUAUUUAGCAAAACACGAUCAACAAAGGAAUCUGUGUCCGUUUUAAACCUGUUCACUAGAAUACGGUAGAGGCACUGCUGUUUUAAAGGAAUGUCGUUCUACUUACGGACUGCUCAUAUGGACAAAGCUUCAUUUUCUCCUGUGAUGGACGAUGCAAUCUGAGAAGACACCUUAACUUUUUCUUUGUAAAAAAAAAAAAAAACAAACAAAACAAAAACAUUUGGACUUCUGGAUUUGCUGCUGCACUGCCAUCUGCGUUUCUAGUUUGUGUUUUUCAUUGUAUUUAGUUUGUGUACAGUUUAGUUCCUGUUUUUUUUAAUUGUUACCAUGAAGUGUCUCUAAUGGUGCAAGUCAGUCUAAUGCAAGCCUUAAGUCAGAAGAUACUGUAA